GCGAACUCUCGAAGUCCGUGCGCUCUUACUAUAUUGCCUUAUAUGCACUGGCAGAAUCAUGAACUUCACCGUGCGACUCGCGAAUUGCGACUUCGGUGAUGAAAGCGGCGUAUGGCAUCAAGGCUAUAAAUUUUAUAUUGUUCAACUAAUGUUCAACUAUUUUUUCAUCCUUCCCCAUCCUAAUCGCCUGUCCAGUGAUGACGUCUUUCAGACGCUGGUUCCUGGCAGUGCUCGCGGCAUCUGUUGUCAAGGCCGAGCCAGUUCAGGAUCCAGACUUGCAACUUCCGCCUAGUGCUUCCAUCCACCAGGCUACAGUCAAGGAGCUUUUCGUCACGAGCUACGAGGCUUACCAGGAGUACGCCUGGGGGCAUGAUGAUCUGUUGCCCGUUUCAGAGUCAUACUUUGAUGGACGCAACGGAUGGGGUGCUUCUAUUGCCGACGCUAUGAGCACCAUGUGGAUCAUGGGGUUGACGGAUUGGUUUGAACAAGCUGUCAAUCACACUGCUAACACCGACUUUGCCAUUUCGCACACUUUCGAUACCGUCAGUCUUUUUGAAACCACUAUUCGUUAUGUUGCAGGUUUUAUAAGUGCGUAUGAACUUAGCGGGGGACAGUACCCAGUUCUGGUUGAAAAGGCCCAGGACCUCGCCGAUCAAAUGGCCCAUGCCUGGGUUAGGGAGAAUCAGUCCAUUCCGUAUGGUUUCAUAAACUUUGCGAACCUCCUACCCACUAUCGCCACUACAAACAUUGCCGAGGCUGGAAGUCUUACCCUAGAGUGGAACCGCCUCAGUCUAUAUACUGGCAAUUCCACGUACCAAACACUGGCUGAGAAAUCUGUGCAGUAUAUGAUUAACAUGCCGACCCCCCUCCCCGGUAUGCCUGCUCAAGGCAUUGACCCAUUGACUGGUGAUCCUGUUGGUGGGUAUGUGACUUGGGGAGGAGGUUCUGACUCUUACUUCGAGUAUCUCAUCAAAUAUGCUCGCCUUACAAAUACCGACGAUAACUCGUACGCUGAUGCGUGGUUGACCGCUGCUGAUACUUCCGUGAAGACGCUCCUAAGAUCGUCAACUGUUGAUGACUGGUUGUACCUCGCUGAUUACGACGACGACCAAGUUAUUCGUCACGUGGGGUCCCACCUGGCUUGCUUCUACGGAGGGAACUGGAUUCUAGGCGGCAAGCUCACCAAUAAUGAAACACUGGUUUCUAUCGGUCUUCGACUCACCGAUGCCUGCUGGAACACAUACGCGAGCACUGCCACCGGGAUUGGCCCUGAAGGUUUCGCAUACAUCUCUAGCGACGGAAACUUCACUGGCAACACUGCUCCUAGUCAAGAGCAACUCGAUUUCUAUUAUGCACAUGGCUUCUAUAUCACCGCUCCCGACUACAUUCUUCGUCCUGAAGUCCUUGAGUCGAACUUCUAUGCUUGGCGUGCGACUGGUGAUCCCAAGUACUUCAACAACGCAAUUAGUGCCACUAUCAGCUUCAAGAAGUAUCUGUCUACAACUGUUGCAUACACUGGUAUCUACGAUGUUAACAAUGUGAUUUCCGAAAAAAUCGAUGACAUGGAAAGUUUCUGGUUCGCCGAGGUCCUCAAGUACCUGUAUUUGACCUUUGACGACCCAAAUCACAUCUCGCUUGAUGAAUAUGUCUUCAACACAGAGUGCCACGUUUUCAAGGCGCCGCCCGCCAAAUCUCAUUAUGGCUCAGGUUCUGAGCCUCAACCCGUGUCAUCGCAGCCAUUCUCCCCAAUGAGUGCACCCCUACCAGCUGUUUCCCCAAAUCCUGCGCUCCUACGCUCGUUAUAAACCUUAGUUCGUGGGCGCUAUCAAUAAUUCCGCGUUUAGAGCUAAACUGUUCGACUAUUUGGCUUCUGGAGUUCAGCUCCAAACCUCAAGUUAUAUCACUGUCCUUUUGAUUUGGCUGAGUCGUCUUUCGUUUAUCAUGUCUUUCGUUUAUCGUGUCUUUCGUUUAUUGAUGAUGCUAUCAUCCUUUCUUUUGGACUUCGGCCCUUUCUCAAGAUAUAUCACUGUCAUUUUGAUUUGCAUUAGUUGUCUUUCAUAUAUACAUGGCGUGAUAGAAUAAUCAUAGUUACCGAAUGGUGAUGGGUUCCCUCAUGACCAUGGAGCAGUGGUAGGACGGGCCAGCCUCACGGAGCUGAUGCAGCGGCUGAGCGGUGACGGCAGAAGCACGUGGCAAUCGUACGCGUAAGAUGACCCAUCGAUACCGGUAAAAAUAUUACUGUCCUUCACGACUGAGUACUGAGUCG